UCAAUUGGCUGAUUUGCGAUUGAUCAAUGCGAUUAGUCAAUUUCAUUUGAGAUCUACUUAAGUUUGCGCGUAAUAGAACAGGCUUAAUAUUCGUUUCCAAGAAAUUGUUUCUUACGUAUCAAGUUGGUACCAAAGAAUAUCAACAAAAAUGGCUGUUCAAACUUUAGAGAGAGAUCGCUUAUUUUGGGUUAAAUUGUAUGAAUCUUUUGAAAUAUGUUAACACAUUUUGUACAAUUGUUUUGUGUCAGUUUGUUUGUACAAAAGAGAAUAAAAGUAAGAGAGUGAACAAUCGAGCAUUUAUCUUAUUUACGAUGUAGGACCAUUUGUUUUGAUUACAUAUACUUGCUUAUCUAUCUUCAUUGCAGUAAUUCAAAAGCAUUCUCUAGUUGUUUUUCUGAAGAUACAUGUGCAUAAUAUACACAGAUCUCUGCAUCAUAGUAGUGACAGUGACAUUACAUUAUUUAAUCUGUUUUUUACAAAGUGAUAACUUGUACUUUUUAAAUAUUGUGAACCAUGGAUAUGGAAGCUUCCAUAACAGAGCGCUUACAAAAAUUGAAGCAGUGGCAAAUAGAACAGCAGGAAAAGCUUUUGAAACAGCAACAGAUGCAAAGAGAGAAUUUGAGUCAGGAGAAAAAUCGUAUUUAUAAGGCCCUUGGUUUGCCACUGCAAAAUUUAAACUUGCAAAACCUUCAAAAUACAGAGAAUAAAACUGUUGAGUAUGGAACAGAGAUGGAUUUGAAAGAAACUAUGUCUUAUGAAUCAAUGUCUUUGUAUGAUAUAAAAAAUACAGAUUGUAUAUUAGAAAUAGAAGAAAAGACGAAGAACGUAUCAUGUAACAAUUUAAAAGAGGAACACAUCAAGAACUCUGAGAGAGAUCAUAGUAAUCCUGUAAUUCUUGAGCAAAAGUCUAUGAGAAAUCCUGUAAGAAAGCAAGAAUUUUCUAUGGAAGAGUUAAAUGGUGAUGUAUUGAUGGAGGGAAUAAAACCACUAGUUUUGGAUGAAGCAGCAAACAAUAUUUUGAUAAACAGGAACAUUUCAAUUGAUGAUAUUCCUAUUUGUUCACCUAAAAAAGAUUUUCAGACAUUGUUGGAAGAAAAAUUGAGAAAAGAGUCAGAAUUUGUGUCUGAUGCACGUACUGAUGCAAAGGUAAAACCAAAGAAACCAUUUUUGAAGAAAGGUGAAGGAUUGUCAAGAUAUAAAAUGUUUUUAAGUUCUUGUGCUCCGUCAAAAACUGCAAGAAGAAGUAGCAUGCCUUCGUCCUUUAAUAAUGCGCAACAUGUUAAUAAAACUGAGAAACACAGGAAAUCUGUUUCGCAGAAAAAUGUGUUGUCAGAAUCGAAUAUUGCGAGUGGAGCACGUCGAUUAUGUUUGAAAAAUGUUCCGCUUCCAAGGAACAAAAUUCUUAGUAAAUCCGAAUCUAACACUCCCACUAAACAACUUGCAUGUAGCACUAAUUUCAGUAGAUUGAAAUGUCCGCCGGAGAUAAAUACGUCGGACAUCGAUUCGAAGGCAGUAAGAGAAUUGGAGGAGGUGAGAAUAUUUGAACUCAUGGAGGAAAAAGCAGAGAAUUCUAGUUUCUGUUCGACAUCAAGUACAGUACUCGCAUUUUUGCAGCAGUCUACGCCGUUUAAAGUGAGGAAAUCAUUAAAUUAUGUAGAAAGUGACAGCGAUAUUGCAACGAGACAGCAAAAUAAGAAAAAAAAGAACGACGUGACCGAGAGGAAGCCAAUGAUCGAGCGAGCUGUGCAUGUCGGACAUUCGAAACAGUCUGAUGUCCAUAAAUCUUCUCGUACUAACACCGCUAUCGUUGACUCUCACUGUGAUACUGUGACUGUUAAUGAUACUCCAAAAGAAACGCAGAAACAUAUGACAGUGGGUAGUCAAGUAUCGCAAAACGAAGGGACACAUGGAAAUCGAGAUGUAUCGUGCAUAAUCUUGUCGGACAGUGAAGAAAAAGAAGAGAAAGAAGAAGAAAAAGAGGAAGAAGAGAAAGAGAAAGAAGAUGAAGAUGAAGAUGAAGAAGAAGAAGAAGAAGAUGAUGAUGAUGAUGAUGAUGAUGAUGAUGAUGAUGAAGAAGAAGUUUCUGCAGAAGAUAAUCACAAUUUGGAACACAAUGGAGAAGCGAAUAAAAACCAUCGCGUUCGAUUCUCGAAAUACAAUGAAUAUAGAACAAUAGAUUUAACCGAUAUGUCUGAUACAAUAAAUAAAUCUCCGUUAAUUGAUUACCUUGAGCAACAGAAAUUGGACGAUCAUUCUGAUAACACGGAAUCAUCGACGGAAUCGUCUUUAGUCGAACAGGAAUUGCCGCUAAAUUAUAGCGAAGAAAUGUCUCUUCGAGAAACUGUCAACAAUGAAGAACCAAUUGAUGCGUUGAGACGAUUGUCUUUGCAGCAAGAUGUAACAAAAGAUUUAUAUUAUCACGUACUAAAAGUGUUGGAUAAUAACAAAAAUAAAAAUGCUCCAAAUUGUUGCAAGGACAAAUUGCUUGAUAAAGAUACAAGCAAUGAUAAUAAAUGUAAAAUUGCUCAAACAUCUGACGAAGAACAAUCGGUCUCAUCAGCAUCAACGUCGUCAUCGUCGUCGUCAAACUUUCGUCGAAGAUUAAGCAAGCACAAAGAGAAAAAAAAUCACGCGUUGAAAAGGUCAGAAAAAAUAACAAAACAGAUCAUGGAGUUAUGUUCGAACAUGGAUGAAUCCGAGUGUCAUCAAGACGUGAUCGAGACAAACGAGGUGAAUGUUUUUGAACCGGAACUUUUGAAAACUCGUCUAUUAGAACUUCAAAAAGAAAUUGACAUAUUUCGCAAGGAGAGUGCAGCUUUGUUACUUCAACGCCGUAGGUUACAGGAAGAUCAGACGGCGUUGCACAAACAAUACGUGAUGAAGGAAAAGAAAUUUGAAGAAACUAGACGAAGAGUGCAGAAUCAAUUGGAAGAAGAAAGAAAGAGAUUAACGCGUGAGAAGAUAGCAAUGGAGAACAGAAUACGCGAUGCUCAGGAAAAAGCGAAGCAAAACAAGAUAGAAAGGCAGAAGACGCAGAGCCUGCAUGAGCAGCUGGAAAAAGUGAGAGACGAACUGAAUGUCAAGGAGAGCAGAUGGAAUGCUGCCGAGUCGAGGUACAAAAGUGAACUUCGUGUGUUACGAGUGGAGAUCUCGAAGCUGAAACAAGAAAUUGUGAAUCUGCAAAAUACCAAAAGAACAAAUGUGAAAAAUAUCAAGAAAAGCGCAAGCGGACAGACUAUUACGAGAGCCAUCAGUCAAAUUAACAGACGCAUUACUGCGGGACCGUUAAAGGAGACUUUGGCGAAGAUGCCUCGAGAUUUAUCGAGUACUUCGUCGGACGCUUCCGUCCGUGACGACAAUAACGACGACGAUAACGGCGACAGAAACAAACUGAUCGAACCGAUUACGAAGAUAAUCGAUGUAAAUAGCGACUUUGAGCAAAUAGGGAAUGAUGUAAAUAAACUGGAGACGAAACAAAAAUCUGAGCCAAAAAGUAAUUUAAAAGUGAUCAAACCAGCCGAACAAGCAAAAAAGAAGCAGGAUUUAUACGCAGCUUUAUUGAAGGAUGCGAUAUCGGAUUUGGUGGAGAAUAGAAGUCGGUCUCACAUUAAGAAAGAUGAUGCGGAUGAUCUUCCUCAGCCGAUAGUUGCGCAACGCUUAAGUCCGAAACACAACAGAACGUCCGAAAAAAGCAAUGAGAAGUCUUGUUCUUUCGCAAACGAGGAUCCUGGACAUACGGCACAUACUGCCGAGUACUUUAUCGAUAGAUCGCGCAAAGUACAUCAGGGUCGUAACAAAAAUGACACGACGACACAGGACCAAAUAUCAUCGUCGAAGGAGAAGAAUUCGAGUCCUGCGUCGCAUCGUUCUUCGAUUGAUCAUGAAAUCGGCAGAAUGUGCGCCAAGGACGCCGUUAAAGAGGUUCGUUAUUUCGACGGGCUCAUCGAGUAUUGGUAUCCGAACGGUAACGUGAAGAAGAUCUUUCCCGAUCAGGGUGUUUCGAAAAUGAUUUAUUACAACGGAGACGUUCGCGAGACCGACAAGGACGGAAAAGUGAAGUACUUUUACGCUACGAAUCGAACGUGGCACACGACAACUCCCGACGGUGUGGAGAUUUUAGAAUUUCCCAGCGGUCAAGUGGAGAAACGCAUGCCCGAUGGUACCGUUGAGGCGUCGUUCCCGGAUGGUCCUGUACGAAUAAUACACGCCGAUGGUACAGAAAAAUGGUCCUUACCGGACGGAACAAUAGGGGAAACUUUUAGUAACGGUGAAAAGAUUCUAACAUUACCGAAUGGCCAGAGAGAGAUUCACACAAAAUCGCAUAAGAGACGAGAAUAUCCUGACGGCACUGUGAAGUUAAUAUAUGCGGAUGGAACUCAAGAAACGCGUUAUUCUAGUGGAAGAAAACGAUUAAAAGAUAAAGAUGGUAAUCUUUUGAUGGAUUCGUACGAUUAAGUUUCCUCGACCUGUUCAUCGAAAGAUAUUUUUGUGUAAUGAUAAAAUCUCGUGUAAAAGAUUCGACAAAAUGCCAAACAUAUUAGUACUUAGUUUUUAUACAAAUGUAAUGCAAUUUGUCUUAUAUUUUCUAAGAACGAUGUUAAGUAACAAACGACUGUUAUAUAGUAGCUAUAUUUUUAUAAGAAUUUAAUGAACUCUUAAGAAAUACAUAAUAAUAUAUACUAAUUAUAUUUACGAACAAAUGUGACAUUAAAAACAAGAU